AAUGGCCAACAUGGUGUUGUAUUGAAGACUAGCGGAAAAGUGUCACGGAAACUAACGGUGUAUAAAUCAAACCACAGAAAAAGCGGGAAGGUGCAAAAUAGUCAGUAAAUAUAAAAAUACUAUAAGUAAAACCGUACUGCGCAAAUACAGGGAAGGAAGAAGAGGAAAGGAGUUAAAGAUGCAAACAUAGUGUUCUGCUCAGCCAAGGUCAUUAAAUUGUACGACGGCUCACCUGGCUGUUCAACAAGUUACAUUACAGCGUUCAUCUUGUGUAGCAUUCAUGAGUGUAUGUUCCUGAUGAACGGAUGGACCUGAAUUUCCCCAUCAGGAUGGAGAGGAGGGGCCUUCUGGACAGCAGUAGAUCAGACGAAGACCCAGAUAUGAAUGAUGACAUGGAUGAAGGUGAAGACUAUGAGGCGGCCAUCACAGCCACAGGCUACGGACCCUUCCAGUACUGGCUUAUCCUGAUUGGGGGCUUUGCCAAUGCCAGUGAUGCAAUAGAGAUCCUGUGUGUGUCUAUCCUUCUGCCAGCUGCUGAGUGUGACCUCCACAUGACCUCUGAGGACAAAGGCUGGCUCAGUGGUAUUGCAUUCAUUGGCAUGAUGGUUGGGGGCUACGUGUGGGGCUGCCUAGGGGACAUCUUUGGGCGUCGCAGUGUGCUCAUGGUGUCCCUCGUAUUGAAUGGCCUGUCUGGCCUUGCUUCUUCCUUCGUGCAGACCUUCCCGUCAUUCCUCGUCUUCCGCUUCAUAUCCGGUGUUGGUGUCGGCGGCAGCAUCCCUCUGGUGUGGGCAUACAUCAGUGAGUUCCAGCCACCUUCCAAACGAGGGGCAGCGCUCAGCAUCAUCGCUUCCUUCUGGAUGGUUGGGAAUGUCAUCGUGGCAGUGUUUGCACUUGUGACAAUUCCCUAUGAUAUUGGGUUCCAAGCUCCUGGGUUUGUCUACAACUCCUGGCGAGUGUUCCUCACCGUGUGUGCUCUCCCAGCACUCAUAACUGCCAUUGUAAUGAUGUGGCUACCAGAAUCUCCAAUGUUCCUGCUCACCAAGGACCGCAAGGAUGAAGCGCUUGAUGUCCUGCGGAAAAUGUAUUCUCUCAACACAGGCAAGCAGCCGUACACAUAUCCUAUUAAAAUAUUAAGCACAGCAGGCUUGAAGGUGCAGAAAGAAACAAGACUUACCAAGUGGGGGACCUUCACUUCAGCCAUCCUUCAGACUUGGCGCCUCACCAAGGCCUUAUUCAGCAGGUCUCUCAUCUUUACCACAUCUAUAAUGAUCAUCAUCAACUUCACCAUACAGUUUGGUUAUUAUGGUCUUUGGUUAUGGUUCCCAGAGUUGUUCAAUCGCCUUGAACAAUACUACAAUGAACAUCCAUAUCAUAAUGUUAGUGUGUGUGACUUGACUGAGUACCACGGAAAUGGCACUCAGCAGAACACUUGUAAAGAUGAUGGACACAAUGUUGACACCAGUGCCCUAAUCAGCAUCCUCAUCACUUCCAUUGCUCCUUUGCCAGCCAACCUGUGGACCAUAGUUUGCAUGGAUAAACUUGGAAGGAAGUUCUUCUUGGUGUUCAGCAUGUUCCUGUCUGGACUUGCAGCAUUUGGUGUUUAUUUAGUGAAGUCAUCCCUUGACAACCUGAUUCUUGCUUGUGUGUUUGGAGCCCUGUGCACCAUGGGCUUCAAUGCUUUGGACUGCCUUGGUGCUGAGCUCUUCCCGACACAUCUUAGGUCAACUGCUCUUGCUGUUACACUCAUGGCAGCACGGAUAGGAGCCAUUUUGGGCACUGUAACAUUUGGCUAUUUGGUGGAUUUGUACUGUGCCAUCCCAUUGCUUCUAGUUGCUGCCUUUCUAAUUUUUGGAGGCAUGCUGGGACUCGUGCUGCCCAACACCACACGCAUUGCUCUCAUGUGAGCUGGAGCUGCACCAACCAGGGGAAGGUUUCUAGGUUUUGUUGUUUUUACUUGUUUAUUGUUAUAUUUUAAACUGUUCAGAUAAAAUCUUUAUACUGAUUUUGUUUUAAUGAAAGCUUUAGUGUAUAUAAGUGCUUACAUUAUUUAUAUUUGUAUUUGUAAGGUUCUCUAUUGUACAAUUUUAGGUGUGUGUUUUAGCACAUAUUAUAAAGGAGAUGCACAAGAGAUUUACUUAUGUGAUAUUAAUGAGUAAUAUUUCAUGUUUUGAAACAAAAUGUGAUCUAUAUAAGGCAAGAGAGCUGAUGAGAAUGGAACCACUGGCAGGACACUUGCCGUACUCAACACCUCACUCGUCAGGACGUGUCAAGAUGUGAGUGGCUCAGAUGGAGUGUGGUCAGUCUUGAUUGGCCUAUCAUUAUAUGGCUUUCCUCAUCCUUGUACAGUAAUUGUGUCUUGCCCAACUAGAAUAUCUUGGGGGUAUAUAUAUAUAUAUAUAUAUAUAUAUAUAUAUAUAUAUAUAUAUAUAUAUAUAUAUAUAUAUAUAUAUAUAUAUAUAUAUAUAUAUAUAUAUAUAUAUAUAUAUUUCUGUCUUUGGUAGCAUUCUUUUUGUCACUGCUGUAUAUAUAUAUAUAGAGAGAGAGAGAGAGAGAGAGAUUUUUUUUUUCUUUUUCUUUUUUCAUGAUCUUCACCUCAGGUUACCAGAGCAAUACCAGUGUUUUGAAAAUGAGAAAUUGCAGUUAAGGGUUAGGUGAUGAGAAGGAGCAGCUCGGAAUUAAUUUUGAAAAUAUAUAUCUGGCUAUAAUGAUUAUCAGUUGGAGUUUUAGUCAUGCCUGACUAAAUAUGAGCUGAAUAAUUUGUCAGAAUAAGGCAGUGGAUAGUUAGCAUAUCAUAUUUUAUCAUCAUUAUGUUUUUAAUAGUUAAGAGCAGAACAAUUGAGCUAGAUAGAAGUGAAUGGAGAAUGACAUUGGUGAGUGCAUGAAAAUGAUGGCAGGGCCCAUUGGUGUCUAAAUCCUGUCAGGGUGUGAGGGCACUUUGUAGGAAAAACUCUGCAUCUACUGCGGAGUAGGUGCUGGGUAGGGAACAGUCUCAUUAUGAAGGAGCAGGGAUGUAUGCUUUCAGGCCUUUCUGUGGAUAUGCAUGACCAACUGUGGUUUGUCUGAAUUCCUGUAAUACGCUGGUCCAUGAGACUGUCCCUUUCCACCAUGAGCUGAUGUGACCAAGACUGAAUGGUGUGUGUGUGUGUGUGUGUGUGUGUGUGUGUGUGUGUGUGUGUGUGUGUGUGUGUGUGUGUGUGUGUGUGUGUGUGUGUGUGUGUGUGUGUGUGUGAGAGAGAGAGAGAGAGAGAGAGAGAGAGAGAGAGAGAGAGAGAGAGAGAGAGAGAGAGAGAUCAA